AUGGAAGCAAAGAGCAAGCAGAUCAGCGGAGGGAAAGAGAAGAUGGCAAUGGGAACGGCGAUGAGUGCGGUUGCCGUGGGUGUAGUGAUCUCGGUGGUGGCUCUCGUGGCCUCUACUGCGGUGGCGAGUGGCGGAUGGCAAAUCGCCGACGCUACGUUCUACGGCGACAUGUCCGGUAGAGCCACCAUGGGCGGCGACUGCGGCUAUAGCGAUCUGUUCGCGCAGGGGUACGGUCUGGCCAACACCGCCGUCUCCGGCGUGCUGUUCAAUAACUACGAGACCUGCGGCGCGUGCUACGAGGUGCGGUGCUUCAACGACACGCGGCGGUGCCGGCCCGGGAGCAGCAUCAUGGUGACCGUUGUAGGAAAAUAA